AUGCAGGAGAGGCCUGCCCCACCCGCAGACUGGUACAUGGACAUGUGCUUCUGGUUCGACGAGCAGGUCCCCUUCCCCUUGGUUGAGAACAGCACGACUUGCUCCGAUGGCCGCCUGCACCCGUCGUACGGGCCGGAGCUGACGCGCAUGAAGAUCACGGGUGCAGCCAUCCUCACCAUGCCCUAUUUUCUAAACAAUGGCUAUCCCGGCAUGGCCAUGAUGUUCCCGAUCUUCAAGGGCAACGUGACGGCAGCAACGCCGUGGGCAGAGAGGCAGGCAGUGAUCAUGGGUUAUGGCGGCGUGGAGCGUUCCCUUGAGGUCUAUGACGUCAACCCCAUGGAUGGUCCGCGCCUGCUGUACGGGAUGGGGGGCUUGGACGUGCCUCAAGGCGACCCCUUGCAAGUGGCUAAGAUCAUUCCGCCCUCGAACAAAACCAUGUUGCAGCCGCAGCGCCACAAGUCAGUGCAGCAGAUCAAUCUCACCGACAUAUCAAGAACAUACCAGCUCUGGUGCCGCUUUCAUGGCUCGGACGAAGCCCACAGCAUGUCUGCUGUGUUCCUGGGGGUGAUCAUCCUUGUGGUGGCGGCACUGCUGGCUGCCAUUGGCGUGAGCGUGAUGAUCAACAUGCGGAGGCUGCGCGAGAAUACUAUUUCUAUGGCGAUUGUGAAGGAGAAGGCGGAGGUGGCGGAGCGCAACAAGGGUGCACACAUCGCCAACACAUUGCUUGAGCUGCGCACCCCAAUCUUUGGCAUGGAAGUCACAUGGCAUGUGGAUGGGGAUGUGUCCAGUGUGCUAGUGGGGGACUACUUGUGCCUGCAGCAAGUGGUCGACAAAAUAGUCGGUGAGUAG